AUGAAUUAAAUUGAAAAAAUAAGCGAAGAAUUUCCAAUAUUAAUUUGGGUUGACAACUAAAUUCAAAGUAGGGAGAAUAAUAUAUAUCGUGAACAAUUACAAAAUGAUUACUAAGGGUUAUUCCAAGCUUUCAAUAAUGUUGAUGAUGCUUUAAAAAUGUUAUAAAUAAUUGAUAAAAGGGAUGUAACUAUUCUAACAAGUGCAAAAUGUGCUUAUGAACUUGUUAAGCAUACUAAAUAGAAUGUCAUAGUGUUUUGUGGAUCAAGAUUAUAUCAUUUAGAUUUAUUCAUCAAUAAUUUCCAGAUCAAGUCAAUAGUUUCAGAUUCCUUUUAAUCAGCUCAUGAAAAUGCUAUCAUGUGUAUGAACUAAUCGGAUAUACUAACAGAAUUUGUCAACCUAUUAUCACCACCUUAACAUUCAGCCAUAUAAUAUCAACAUUCUAAGGAUCAUGUUAGUAUCUAAUUUCUAGUUGUGAUAGAAGAAUUGAGAAAAAACAAAGAACCUAAAGAAUAAGAUGUCUUUGCUGAAAUAGAGUAUUUGCUAUAAAUCCAAAAUAUUGAUGUAAAAUAGAUGAAGGCAAUUUUUGAAGAUUUAUAAAAGAAAGAAAAAGAAAAAUUAAAACUUAAAAAUAAAUCAUUUAAUUUAUUUGAUAAAUUGGUUUAUCUCUACAGCAGAGAAGAGAUUUAUCAAAUAUUUAACUAAUAGUUUGCAUAGCAUAAUUAUUAAAUAUUGAAAAAUAUCAUCUUAUGUCUUUAUUAGGGAUUUAAACAAAAUAAGAGCAAAGUAGGUGAAAUUGAAAUUCUUUUUAGAGGCAUCUCCUUCUUUGAUAAAGAGAUUUUUGAAUAAAUAAUUAGAGAUCUAAAAUCUUCAAAAAAUGAGGGGACAUAAUUAUUUUGGAAUACAAUUACUAGCACAUCCAUAGAUUUUGAUAUUGCACUAACCUUUGCAUAGAAUAAUUUUAAUGGAAUACUUUAUUAAAUCGAAUUAGAUGAGGAGGUUCCUCACCCUUGCUUUAAGUUAGAAUAAUAUCAUUCUCAGUAUCCUAAAGAAGAAGAAGUAAUAUUAUUCCCAUAAUUUCAAUUUAUUGUCUAAGAAAUUACCUUCAGGAAAAUCAAUGAAUAAUAAAUCUAUUUUGUAUUUAUCAAAUAGGUUAAGAAUAACUACGCAUUUGCACUUGAUCCAAUGAUGAGAAAGAUAUAUUGGGACUCAAUAGUUGAAGAGAAAAUAAAGCCUAAAAUAGAAACAUUGGUGAAUUUUCAUAGUAAGAGAAUUUUUGAAUUGAUAUCAUUCUUUGAGGAAGAUGUGUAUGAUAAAGAAAUUUAUAUGGAAGAAAUUAUAUAUAUAAUUGAAAAUGAACUGACAAUUCUUUUUCAAUAGAUACAGAAUUAGUUAACUAAAAUUUUAAGUCGCUCUCGAUACACUAAUAUUGUAAAUCAAAUUGAAAAUCUUACUAAAAUAUAUACCUAAGUAGUGAAAAUUGAUUAUUAAAAUCAAUCAGUAGAUGAUUUUUUUAAAUUGUUUGAAGAGCAUUUUGAUAAGGUCUUGAAAUCCUUAAGACAAAAUAUUUGCACAUUGAUAUUAAAGGGAAUCAUAGACAUUGAUUAUUGGAAGGACUAAUUGCAGAAUUUGUAAAGUAAAUUCAAAGAAAAAUAAAAGAAAGAUUCAACCAUAUAAAUUAGUAAUACCUAGAAACAAAAUGGUUCAUUUUUCUAAUAACAACCUCCUUUUUAAGGAAAUACUGCAGGAUUGUCAUAUCAAUAAUUAAAAGCCCAGAAAAUAACUUCAUUACAAUAAGUAUAACAUAAAAAUGGAAAAUUUGCAUACGAGGCCACUCUUUCGGAUGGGAAUAAAUUGCUGAUGCAUCAUAAUCCAAAUAAUAAUAAUGAAUUGACAUUUACUAAAAAAAUUGAUGCAACUGGGAAGAAUGGAUAUUCAAAUAAAUGGGAAAAGGUGGGAGAACCAAUUAAGACUAAAUCAGUAACUGUUUAAGAAGUCUCGUAAUCAAUAAAAGGUUAGAGUGAGAAAUUUAACAUGAAUGGUAUACAAGCCUAAGAACUGAAUUAUUAAAUCUAAUAAGCAAAGAUAUAAGGGUAGAUUGGUGGAAUAUUUGCAGGAACAGUCGGAAGUUUAACAGUGGACUGCAUUUUAGAUGGGGUAGAUAAAGAGAAGUUGGCUAAAGGUCUUGCUUUCUCAACAGCAAUUUAAGGAGGAAUUAUAUACGCCUAAAGUGUACAAUCUUUGGGAAAAUUUGUCCCAUAUGUUGGCAUAGGAUUAACUACUUUGAUGACUAGUAUUUCUGUAGGAGGAGUAAUUUUGUCUGAUUUCUUGAGCUAGAGUGAAAAAACUUAUAAUUCUUUAUAUAUUGCUAUAAAGACUGGAGGAGCAAUAGGAUUGGGUUACUUAGGUAUCGAAGGUGGAAUGGCUUUAGGGGCUGCAGGAGGUCCAGUUGGAGUUGUGGUUGGAGGUAUUCUUGGAGGUUUUAUGGGAGGAGCAGGUGGUAAUUUAUUAGCAAGAGCUAUUGAUCAUUUUACUUAGUUUAAUUUAGAGGUCAAAUUUACGAAGGAGAAUAAAUCUGAUGUUAAGGAUGGAUUAUUACUAUAGCCAGGUAAACGUCCUGAAAUUAGAUGGAGUAAAGUUAAGGAGAAGGUGAACAGCCUUAUUCUAAUUGCAUAAACAGACUCUCAUAUUGCCUGUUUAAUUACAAAUAUUAAUAAGAAUCUUGAAGUAAUAAACUCGAAAGAAGAUAUUGGAAUUCAAUUUAAUGAAUAUAAGUAUAUAGGUCCUGAUGAUUCUUGUAAAACAAUAACAUUCAGACUUCUGGCGACAACUGAAGAGUAUGUCAAUGACGAAGAGGUACUCUAACAAUUACAAAGUAAUUAAAUUUGCAUCAUUGACAUUGCUACGGUUAAAAUUAAUUUAGGAAAUCUAGAAUGA